AUGGCAGAUGUCAGACCAGCAUUGCCCCCGCGGUCGACAGGUCGCCCGCGGUCGACGUACUGGGCACCUCUGCUCUACAGAUUCACCCAGAGGGUAGUCCUGAAUGGUAAAGACUAUCCUGAAGGUGUGGGGAAGACGAAAAAGGAAGCCAAGCAAGAUGCUGCUAAAAAUGCCCUGAGAGACUUGUCAGAGGGCGCACAUCAGACUACAGUUGAGAAUUACAACCCUACAUCAGCUCAACAAUAGCAGGAACCAAAUCAAAAUGAUUCUGAUAUCUGUAAUAAGACAAGAAGCCUCAGUGUCAACUCUCAGGACAACAGCUCUGAACAGAAUUUCAUUGGAUUGGUUGACCACUACUGUCAGAAAAAAAAACACUGCCCUUCAUUCAUCGAAGACAGAAGACGCGGACCAGACCAUAAGCUUCAAUUUUUCUACAGAUUAACAAUCAACGGCAAGGAGUAUCCUGUGGCUGAGGGAAGGACUAACAAGGAAGCCAAACAAAAUGCAGCUAAACUGGCCUGGUUUGCCCUUCAAGAGCAGUCAGACUGGGACAGCAAGGUGUCUGUCAGAUCAACACUGUCGGAGGAUGGUGCACCGCCAUCAUCAUCAUCAUCAACUCCACUGCAGUCCCAUGAGGCAUCAUCACAAAGCACGUCAGCGAGUACAAGUUGCUCAAUCAAAUUCACAGAUACAUCCAACCCUUCCAGAGCCCAGAUGCCCUUAGGGUCUGAAAAUGGUGCACCAUCCAGGUUGUCGACUUCACUGAAGUCUCUUGAAUCAUCACAAAGCAUGUCCUCGGGUACGAGUGGCUCUGAAAUAUUCACAGAUUCAUCAAACUCUUCCAAUGAUCAGCAUGCUGUCAAAAAGAAGACAUCCACCCCUUCAAGGUUUACUUCAGACUUUGAUCCCAUUGAGUAUCUUGGCUUUGGAGGCUACGGUUCGGUUUACAAAGCAAGGCGUAAACUAGAGGAGAAGUAUUAUGCUGUAAAGAUUGUAAGCAGUGACGAGAAAGCUUUUCGAGAGGUGGGGACAUUAUCAGACCUCCUCCACCAUAAUGUCAUCAGAUACUUCAAUUGUUGGAUCGAGGAUACAAGAUACCAAGACGACAUUUCAGCUGGAAGCUCAGCUGGUGGUUACAGCGGUGCCCAGUCUACAGAUGAUCCAUCUGUAAAGUUCCUUUAUAUUCAGAUGGAGUUAUGCAAAACGAAAACACUUAAGGAAUGGAUUGAUGAGAAGAACACUCAGUCUCCGCAAGACACAAAGAGAAGACAAGAAAGUCUAAGCAUUGCUCAGCAAAUAGUCAGUGGAGUUGAAUAUAUUCACUCAAGGGGGCACAUCCACAGAGACCUAAAGCCUGACAACAUCCUGUUUGGACUGGAUGAUAAAGAAGUGAAGAUUGGUGACUUUGGUCUGGUCACCAGAGAUGAUGACGCUUUGAUGGACAGAACAGAGAACAUAGGAACCGAAUCUUACAUGGCCCCUGAACAAGUGGGGAAGACAUAUGAUCGAAAAGUGGACAUAUUUGCUCUGGGGUUGAUAUACUUGGAACUCCUGUGGAAAGUCUCUUCUGGCCAUGAAAGAGGAGAGGUUUUCACAAAUGCAAGAAAACAGAUUCUCCCGACAGACUUUUCACAGGCCUUCCAAGAAGAGAACCUAAUCAUCAAGAAAAUGCUGCAUGAGAAGCCAGAGGUGCGACCUAAAGCAAGUGAUCUGAAGGCACAGCUGGACAAGUUGGCUCAGACAGAAAAUGAGCCUCAGAAAAGGGCAACUGUGUGAUUAUCACAAUGAAUUGUGAUAACAGUUUAACAGUCAAAGAUUGGAAUGUAAAAUCCAAUUUUAUCAUGAUUUCAAAAAGUAACUCACAUAUGUAUCUGUCCAGCUGUUUUAGAUAAUCAUGUGCUGGUAAUUUCUGUGUCCACAGUUGACAUUUUAUUCAAUGCUGGGGAUGGUCAAAUGUAUGCAUUACAUCUUUUGUUUUCUACUAAAUAUGUUAAGUUUGAAAAUAAAAUAAUGGCAAAAGAAAUAUGACUUACAAAUGUCAUGCAUCUGCAUACAUGUACAAGCACACACACUCACACGCAAUUCUUGUAGACUGUAUGGUAGGUGUCUGUUUAUUUAAUCGUGGACAUCCGUAUAAUUAACAAAGCUCACUUUUGAAGUUGAAAAGCGGGAAUUAAACAUUGCAACAAAACAAAA